AUGUGCGGGGAGUUUUCGUUAAAAGUGAAACAUGUCGAUUUGUGCAAAGGUCCUAAACGGAAAGAUUGCUGCGAAAUCUCUGCCAGUUUGGAAAACGAAGUCAACUUGCUGUACGAUAUUGUCAUCAAGGAAGAUGUUAUUCCUACUCGGGGAAAAAUAGUAGCCACUAUAAAUGGACAACCACUUAUACGCCUACAGAUGAAGAAACCCUGCGACCAUCUCUUUAUGAAGCCCUUAUUUCAAGCUAUAUUAAACGUUACACAGCAGUGUGUUUUUAUUAAAGGUACUUAUCAUCUGAGUAUUAAUUUAGAAAAUGUCGCUCAAAAAUACUACGGAGGCAUGUUUUUAUUCGGCAACCUAACAUUUAAAUCCAUGUUCUACAAUGAUCAAUGCAACUUCUCUUGUACAGUCGUGCAAGUGGAAUUCGUACCGAAGAAA